GGGCGUCGGCUCUGGUUUCUCGCUUCUGCAAGUUCAGCUCUGAAGCUCCCGUAACAAUGGUCGGGAAGAAAGAAGAGCUUGCCGUCUCCGGUGAACCAGUAGCCGCCGAUAAUCUGAUCAAAGAGAAAACGAAGAAGAAGAAGAACAAAAAGAACAAGCACCCAGAAGAAGAAGCCGAAGAACCCAUGAAAGUACCAGAUCGAGAGCUCGAGGACGGGGAGGAUCUGAGCAAAAAGGAGAAGAAGAAACGGAAGAGAGAGAAGGAGAAGGAGGCGAAGAAGAAGAAGGAAGAGAAUGGGUCGGCGGGAGAGGUCCCGGAGAAGAAGCCGAAAACUGAGGAUUCGGGUUUGAGCAAUGGCGAUGAGGAAGAAGGGGAAGGAGAUAAGAAGGUUGUAGUAACGGGAAAAGGUGUGGAGGAGGCAAAAUAUGCAGCUUUGACGUCGUUUGACGCUUCCAAUUUGCCGGAGAACGUUCUCCAAUGCUGUAAGAAUUUUCAGAAACCAUCUCCAAUUCAGGCGCAUUCAUGGCCGUUUUUGUUGAAUGAUCGUGAUGUUAUCGGGAUUGCAAAAACUGGGUCAGGUAAGACAUUGGCGUUUGGAAUCCCUGCCAUCAUGCAUGUUUUGAAGAAGAAAAAGGGUAAAGGAUCAAAGAACUACAACCCUUCUUGUCUAGUGAUGUCUCCUACUCGAGAGUUGGCUGUCCAGAUUUCUGAUGUUCUGAGUGAAGCUGGAGCACCAUGUGGUCUGAAAUCGGUUUGUCUGUUUGGUGGAGCUUCUAAAAAGCCUCAGAUAUCCGCACUUCGGUCUGGUGUUGAUAUUGUUAUCGGUACACCAGGUCGGCUUAGGGAUCUUAUUGAGUGUAAAGCACUGAAUCUUUCAGAUGUUUCUUUUGUGGUGUUAGACGAAGCAGAUCGAAUGCUUGACUUGGGUUUUGAGGAGCCUGUUCGUUUUAUACUGAGCAAGACAAAUUCAGUUCGCCAGAUGGUUAUGUUCAGCGCGACUUGGCCUUUGGCUGUCCACAAGUUGGCUGAAGAAUUUAUGGAUCCUAACCCGGUUAAGGUUGUCAUAGGUUCUGUAGACUUGGCUGCUAAUCACGAUGUUAUGCAAAUCGUUGAGGUCCUGGACGAGCGUGCUCGUGAUCAACGUCUUAUUUCUUUACUAGAAAAAUACCACAAAUCUCAAAGGAACAGGGUACUGGUUUUUGCCUUGUACAAGGUGGAAGCUGAACGUCUCGAGCGUUUUCUUCAACAAAGAGGUUGGAAAGCUGUAUCUAUACAUGGUAACAAAGCACAGACUGAUCGUACCAGAUCCUUGUCAUUGUUCAAGGAAGGGACUUGCCCUCUCAUGGUGGCUACCGACGUAGCGGCAAGAGGGCUGGAUAUUCCCGAUGUGGAAGUAGUGAUAAACUAUAGUUUCCCGUUAACCACAGAGGAUUACGUCCACAGAAUCGGGAGAACGGGAAGGGCCGGGAAAAAGGGUGUCGCCCACACGUUCUUCACGCAACAGAACAAGGGUCUUGCUGGGGAAUUGGUGAAUGUUCUUAGAGAAGCAGGGCAAGUGGUGCCGAGUGAGCUUAUGAAGUUUGGGACUCAUGUGAAGAAAAAGGAAUCGAAACUAUACGGAGCUCAUUUCAAGGAAAUCGCAGCUGAUGCUCCAAAGGCGAAGAAAAUCACAUUUGAUAACUCUGACGACGAAAACUAGCCGGGGAAGGUUCUGGUUGCUCCUCUCCCGUUUCAAGAAUUUCUCCCUACUCUGUCCUUGGUUAAAGGAAAACAUUGUUAUACGUUGUGAAAUUAUUUCCAAUUUUUGUCGUAGUAAUUAAUUUUUCACCUUUUUUUUAAAAAAAAGGGCGAAAAUUCAAAUAUUUUUUCGUAAUAGAAUACGAGGUCGGGUGGCAUAAUCAUAGACGGAUGCCACUAGAAGAAUUAGUGCCAA